AUGGCGAAAGAUGCCAUCGAUUUGCAGACUGUUUCCACGCAGCCUCUCAUUGUGAAUCCCAUAAGCUUCCGGCUCCACAAUGUGGAUGCCUCAGAGAUGCUGCAGCAAGUCCUUCUGGACUAUGGGUGCGAAAAGAAGCUCACGGACUUUGAGCCAUAUGGUCAUGACAUUGCCAACAAUGACGUAUGCCUUGCCAUCAGCCUUGCAUGGGAGCGCAACAGGGGUCGGCAAUCGCCCUUCUACCCUUACAUCAGAUCCCUACCCGAGGAGACCCCAUGCUUUUUCACCAAGGAGAAUGAUGAAGUCCGGCAGAUCCUGCAAGAACUUGGAACGCAUUCGCAUGAGAUUGAAAGGAUCGUUGCGAUGGUGGACAUUGAGCGGGCUCUGUUCAAUGAUGCUGUCAAGGCCGUUGUGAGGGAGAUUCCUCUUGGAAAAGCGCUUGGGGUCACAGUCAAAGAUGUCAUGUGGUGCUUCGCUCAUGUGUUGGCGAGAAGAAUGAACGAUGGUGAUGACGUGGCGCAUGGCCACAUCAGGCCGGCUUUGUGCCCGGUGGCGAACCAUGAGAGCGCCGGGCUGUCGUUCGAGUUGGGUGCUGGCACAAGCAGAAUUCCAGGAUCCAUGGAUGUGCUUGUGUCUCUGUUGGAUGGCGUUCCUCGGCCGCUUGCUGCUGGAGACGAGCUGUACAUUGCAUACCGGAGCCCCUCUGGGGACACCUACGAGGAGCAGCUCGUCAACCAUGUUGAGAUGCGUGGGGCAGAAUCCAU